CACAGGACACCUUCAUCCGACUGCAAGGUGAUUGGCGGUGGUAAACAUCAUGCUGGUGGAUUGUGCUUGAAUGGUCAAGCAAGUUAAUCUGAUGGUGAAACACAUAGUCGACUGUCUUAAAUCAUGGUACGUAUUCCUUACAUUUGGAGGACUUCUUUUGGCAAUUGUUUCCAUGGGACCUUAUGCUGUGAUAGUGCUCAUACCUGCUGUUUUUGCCGUGGUGUUUGUACAUUCUCUGCAGCCCAGAAUCGUUCACAAGUGGACCUUUCUCAUUCAGAUGACAUGGCAAACACUCUGCCACUUCUGGCUACACUACAAAGAAUAUUACCUACAAGAAACAACAGACAUCAAGUUCAAAAUAGCGCUGUCGUCUCUGAUGCUGUUAACCCAAAGAGUAACAUCAGUGUCAUUGGACAUUCAUGAGGGCAAAAUCAAGAUCCCAGCUCAAAUAAUACAGCAACAUCGCUUUGACGCUGAAAUUCUCUCUUAUUCAUUCCCAUUCUUCAGCUACAUGCUAUAUUUCCCUGCACUACUCGGAGGGCCUCUGUGUUCUUUUCAAAUGUACAAGAUUCACAUGGAAAAUCUUAAGAAGUCUGAUCAGAAAAGCAUUGCCAAACCCUUGUGGUCUUUCUUUUACAAGUGCAUCCUAUUUUUUGUGUUGAAUAUGCUGAGAGUGUCUGUAAGGAAUUGUGUUAGUGUUAUUAAACGUAGUGACAAAAGAUCCCUUCAAUGGGAUGUUCCUAAUGAUAUUUUCAUGAUUUGGGCAACAGCUUUGAUGUUCAGAUUAGCAUAUUACUCUCAAUGGCUUCUUAGUGAAUCUCUUAACAAUCUAGUUGGCCUGGGGUUGGUGAAUGGCAGCAUUCAACAGUUUACCCUUUCGGAUACUGAUAUCUGGACACUUGAGACAACUAAUAAGAUAUCUGAGUUUGUUCGAGUAUGGAACAAAACCACAGCUGGUUGGCUAAGGAGAAUGGUGUUUCAACGCAGCAAACUUCAGCCUUUUAUUUCAACAUUUGCCUUUUCAGCUUGGUGGCAUGGCCUUCACCCAGCCCAGAUCUUUGGAUUUACCUUGUGCGCUGCUACUGUAAAAGUGGACUAUCGUGUUCACCAAUAUAUGGGCCCACUCACUGCACAAUCAAGGUUCCUAAGACUAUUCUACAAAGUCAUGACAUGGAUGCAAACUCAACUGGUAACUGCCUACAUUUUAGUAGCUGUGGAGUUGAGGACCUUUUCUUGUGUGUUGGAGCUGUGCAAGUCUGUCUGUGCUGUCAGCCCAUUAGUGUAUGUACUGAUGCUAAUAGGUAUGCCAAACAAGCCAAGUAAAAAUUAAAAAGUUUACCAUGUA